GCUACUUAGUGCGUUUAGUACGUGUCGCAAAAUGUCACAAAAUUUAUCUGCUCUACAUCUAUUCAUAGUUUAUGUAGUUACAUUCAGGUAAUGGUUAAUCGUGUUAGAGAUAUGAUUGGUUAAUAUACAUGUGAUAACUCUUUUUUAAUGAUUCGUUUUACUGACAUUUUGUAUAAAAAGCGUGUCCAACUACUAGAUACGUAUGUUACAAAGCUUAUUUAUUUGAAAAAUGAUAUCACAACUGGUCACAAUGAACGUUGCUCUAGUUCUUUUAUUCACAUUCAAUAUGAUGAAGCUUGAAGCAUACACAUAUUUAGCAUCAAUAAAAUUUGAUGAUUCUGGAGAAAUGUACAUCAGUUUGGGCAGUGUGAAUAUUUCGUUGAGCUCAGAUUAUGAAUUAACAAUAAGUGAUAGAGACUGUACAAAAACACUUUCUUUGAAGCCACCAACCGAAGAAGAGAACCUUUUUAAACAUGGAUACCGUCCAGGAUCUUCCUUAUGCAAAAGCUGGUUCCUUCUGAAACGACCUCACAAAAAGAGAAGAACUGAGUGUUUGUUAUCUGAUUUACUCUUUUAAUCAGAAUUUCCAUAAUAAACGCUUUUUAAUAAAUUGUAGUGUUUAGCACUGUUUGCUUUGCUUUCGAAUUUUCUUGGUCACUAGUUUUGAUUCGAAAAGGGGUGUUUAACAGAUGUGAUUAAGUGACUGUUGGCUAAAAC